AUGACAUCCCAUUUUUUGCCGAUAUCACUGACUUCUGGAGAGAAAGCAAAAGAUGAGCCAGUCAAACAGGACAAGCCAUUUAAGAUUUUUUUCAAAGAUCUCUUUCUUUUCAAAGAAAAUGAAAUGGCAGCAAAGAAAAAGGAAAAAUAUAUGAACCGCAGCAUGAAAGUCUACCAAAAGUCUACUUUUUCAUCCCGAAUGAAGAGCCGUUCACACCUGGGCCAAAUAGCAACCUACACAGACACAGCUGGUUCCUCAAUUGACAAAUUUGGGCUAGAUCCCACUCUUAUUCUCAGAUUAGACGGUGCAGAUACAAAAAGGACUGUCCAUGAAUUUAUUAAUGACCAGAGAGACAGGUUUAUGCUCGAGUUUGCUCUGUCAACCAAAAGAAAUACUAUUAAAAAGUAUGAAAAACACACAACAAUGAAGGAAAGGCAAUUCAUGAAAGCAGAAAAAAAGCUCCAAGAAGAUGCAAUGGCCUUUGAAGAGUUCCUUCGAGAAAAUGACCAGAGAUCUGCAGACGCUCUUAAAAUUGCAGCGCAAGAAACGAUAAACAAACUUCAAAUGACAGCAGAGCUCAAGAAAGCGAGUAUGGAGAUACAGUCGGUGAAAAGUGAAAUAGCAAAAACAGAAUUCCUCCUUAGAGAGUACAUGAAAUAUGGAUUUUUUCUGCUGAAACUGUCUCCAAAACAAUGGCAAAUACAGCAAGCACUGAAAAAGGUGUCAAAGAAUAAAGAAAAUGUGAAUGUCAGGCUUCCAAGUAUAAUGAUAAGUCACAAGUGCAUGGGUAGCAUAGUUUUAAGUGAAUUAUAUUCUUCAUUAUUGAUUGAUUAGGAGCCAGAACUUUAUUUCAAAGAACCAGAAGAAUUACUUCAAGUCCUCACAGAGCUGGAAGAGCAGAAUCUUACUUUGGUCCAAUAUUCCCAAGAUGUAGAUGAAAAUCUUGAAGAUGUAAAUAAAAGAGAAAGACUUAUACAGGAUAAAAUAAAUACCAACAUAGAGUUUCUUUUGGAGCACAAGGAAAUGCUUAAGGCUAACUGUGUAAGAGAAGAGGAAAAAGCAGCAGAGCUGGAACUAAGGUCCAGGCUAUUCAGUUUUGGAGAAUUUAAUUCAGAUGCUCAGGAAAAGCUGAUAGACUCUCUUAGUAAAAAAAUUAAUCAAGUGUAUAAAGUCUGCAUUGGAGAUGCUGAGGUCAGCAGCCUCAACCCAGUUCAAAAGCUGGUAAAAGUCGAGUCUCGCCUGGUGGAAUUGAGUGAUCUCAUUGAAUCCAUUCCCAAAGAAAAUGUGGAGGCAAUUGAGAGGAUGAAACAGAAAGAACGACGGCAGAAAUUGCGUGAAGAGAAAAUGAAAGAAAAACAAAAACACCAGGAGGAAAGGCUAAAAGCUGCUCUGGAAAGAGCAGUAGCACAGCCAAAGAAAAAGCUGGGAAGACGACUUAUUUAUCGUUCAAAACCUCCAUCUGGUAACAAACGUGAACUACUUUUAGUCAAGGAUACGAAAACAAAAUCACUGGAGGAAGAAUAUUUCUUCACUUGAAUAGGAGCAGUAAGACAUUUACCAGAAUGCUUAAGGAAUAUUUUAUAGAUUUUGCUUUUUAAUAAUGGCAUUAUUCUGCCCCAUAUGGAAGCCUAACCAAUUUAAGAAGACAGGCCCUUAUUCUAAAAGGUCCUUAGGAUUGGAAAUAGGAGUUAUUUCCUUUUGUUGAAGACUUUUAUUAUCUAUCCUAACCAUUAUUUUAUAUAGCUAAACUUUUACAUCUAUACUUUCUAUUGUCCCAGUUGGAGAUACAAAUCCAAAGUUACUUUAUUGAUGUAACCAUAUGGUGAAUGACCAUUUAAGUGUAAUAAUGGCAUUCUCUGACUACAUGAGACUUUAAAAGAUCUCUUUUUCAACCAGCCCACAGGGAAGUUCAUAGUGUACAUUUUAUUACUGUGGAGUAUACAUUUUAACAAUGUACACCUCUAAAAUACAGGUUUUGUGGA